GUGGACCCCCAUUCCCGGCAAUUUGAUUCUCUCUCGCCUUUCAUCAAAAGAGAACUCGAUUUAGGGUUAAGGUUUCCAUCCAUUCCGUCCUACCAAUCUUCAGGGAGCAAGCAUAAUCUUGAUUCAGAGAGAGAGAGAGAGAGAGAGGAUGUGGCACGAAGCUCGAAGAUCGGAGAGGAAGGUCCAUGACAUGAUGGACGCGGCUCGGAAGAGAGCUCAGAGACGAGCCGUAUAUCUAGCCAAGCGGCGCGGCGAUCCUCAGCAAUCCAUUCAGGUCGUCGGUUCUCGCUCCCGCAUGUAUCGAGACGAGGCCCUCUACCAGGCCACUCAGGAUCAGCAGGGCCUGAUUCCUUGGAAUGGGAAACAAGAUAUUUUGAUUGACAGAUUUGAUGGUCGUGCUCUUCUUGAUUUUAUCCGAGAUUCUAGUUCUCGACGUUUUCGAGCCCCAGAGAAGACAGAGGAAGAAGAGGAAUUAGAAGAGUUUGUUAAUUUUGAACGUUAUCGGGAUUUAAUUAAGCAUCGACGGAGAGGAUUUACUGAUGAGGAGGGUUUACAACAUGUGAAUCAAGAGAUAGAGGCAAAAGCUGCUACUCCUUUUGGAUCUGACAGAUCUCAUCCAGCUCAGGCUCCUGCAAGCAAAGGUUCAUAUUCACAGGUGGGUUUCUCUUAUGAUGGGGAUGGAAAAGAGGAAGUUCAUUAUUCUGAUGGUGAUGAAGAAGACGAGGAUGAGGAUGAUGAGGAGGAUGAUUUUAACAGUGAUGACAGCAAUGAUGAAGAGAUGGAGAAAAUUGCAAAAGAUUUUGGGGUCAAGCGAUAUGGUUGGCUUGUUUACAUGGAUAAAAAAGCUAAAGAGGAGGAAAGGAGGCAGAAAGAAGUGGUAAAGGGGGAUCCUUCAAUUAGGAAGCUUAGUCGCAAGGAAAGGAGGAAGGCCUCUCAGAUAGAAAGAGAGAGAGAAAGGGAAGCUGCUAGGAUUACUGGCACUCGUGUGCUUCACCAUGAUCCAUAUAGGGAGUCUAGACGAAGUCCUACUUAUGAGGCUUAUUCUCGUUCUAGAAGAUCAAGAUCGAGGUCACAUUCAUACUCCCCGACACAUUCAAGGCGACAUGCUCGUGGUCUACAUUCUGAUGAUGGUCAUCGUAGCAAAUCAAAGGCUCCUACAAUAGAGUACAUUACUGAAUUUGGUGGAUCUCCUGACAGAGAUGAGCCGAAGCUUGAAGGAUAUUCUCCGCCACAGUCUCCUCCAACCCAAGCUGAUGUGCUGAACCGGCCAUCAUCUGGUCAGAUACUUGAGGCCCUGCACAUUGAUCCUGCCUCCAGUGUAUCCCUUGAUAAGGAAAAGAAUACCACCAAAGUGUCCAAGCCACAAGUGAGCACUUCAUCAGCCUCGGCAAAAUUAAGCAAGUCAACAAGUAGUGGAGGCCUCUCUAAACAGCAAGGGGAGAAGAAGGAAACGCCUCAAGAGCGGCUUAAACGAAUCAUGAGCAGGCAACUUAACAAACAAAUUAAGAAAGAUACUGCUAUUGAAAUGGCCAAGAAAAGAGAACAGGAACGCCAAAGGCUUGAAAAGCUUGCAGAAACAAGCCGAUUAAGUAGACAUAGGUAUCGCAGCCGCAGCAGAAGCUACAGUCGAUCUCCUCCAAGAAGAUACAGGCGAAGCAGAAGUCCCGGUAGAAGCAGGAGUUCUCGGAGAUAUCAUUCCCGUUCUCAUUCACGGUCUUGGUCUCGGUCCCUCUCGCCUACUGGUUCACGUUCUCACUCUCGUUCAAUCUCCCGCUCCCGCUCACCAAGGGUACGAAGCCGAGCAAGGUGUUGAUAUAAAUAUUGCAGCCUGUGUGCCAGCGAGGAUAACUUGCUGUUGUCUUUUCUCUUGAUAUAAAUGUGGAAAGUAAAAAGGAAAAAGGUGGGAUGUCAGGAUGUAUCUAUCUCUUAUAUUGUAUUUUAUCAUCGCGAUCUUGUCAAAAUGGGGGAUGCUGCCAGGGUUGCACAGCCUCUUAUACUUGUUCUCUACUAAGGUAUUUUGCGAGUUGUACUGCAUUGUAUGUAGGGUCAUUGUUGAGUAAUUAAUGUUAAUCAUUAGCUCUUGCUUGCUGA